AACAACAAAAAUGACAAAUACAACAGAAAAAGACAAAACCACCACCACUAACAAUAACAAUGCCGAUAAUGAAAACCAAUCGGAACGGAUCGAAAUGCAAAUAAUCAAUGAUCCUACCGAUUAUGUAGAAACCACAAGCCAAUUUGAAGAAAGAAUUGGCAAUGCUAGUGACAUAUCACGAGAAUUUCAUUGGCUCGAUUACUAUACCAAUGAAACAUAUCAUAAUGAAGUCGAGUGGAGAUCCAGUCCACGUUUUGUGCCCGGUACUGAAAACCGAUGGCCAAUGGAGGAAAUCGAUUAUGCUAUCGAUUUCCCAAAAUAUCAAGAUUUCCAAGAUACCUUGGAAUCUGUGCCACAUGAAUCACCAGCCAGUUCUGUCAUGGCUAUUGAUGGUGAUUUUGGAUCUGAUGAUGAUGAUCAACUUGGCGAUUUAAACAAUAAUUUUGAUCGCAUACGGAAUUUAAAUCAAGUCAGGGAUGACAAUGAAUUCGAUAAUAAUAAUGACGCCAUAAUCAAUUUUUACAAUUCUGAACAAUCAGAAGAUUAUGAUGGUGAUUAUGAUGAUAAUGAUGAACGACCAUUUCUACGACGUCGUAGACGUCGUCAUCAUCGCAGUCGAGAUAGUCGCUGCACGUAUUACUCAUCGUAUGAUUAUAAUACUAAUCCAAAUCCAUGGUGGCUACGACAUAUCCGAAUUAUAGCACCGAUUUGGUUUUUCAUAUUUAUGUUAGUCCUGUUUGUUUUANGUUUUUUCAAUUCAGAUGACAAUGAAUUCGAUAAUAAUAAUGACGCCAUUAUAAAUUUUUAUAAUUCUGAACAAUCAGAAGAUUAUGAUGGUGAUUAUGAUGAUAAUGAUGAACGUCCGUUUUUACGACGUCGUAGACGUCGUCAUCAUCGCAGUCGAGAUAGUCGCUGCACGUAUUACUCAUCGUAUGAUUAUAAUACUAAUCCAAAUCCAUGGUGGCUACGACAUAUCCGAAUUAUAGCACCGAUUUGGUUUUUCAUAUUUAUGUUAGUCCUAACAGAACAAUCAAAAAAUUAUGAUGCUGAUAUUGAUGAUGAUAUUGAUCAGAAACCAAUCUCAGAACAACGUAUUCGACGUUUAACUCGUCGUUGUCGAAAUAAUUCAAUCAUUGUUCAAGAUAAAAAGAUCAAUGAUGAUAAAAAAGACCCUUGGUGGAUGAUUUAUUUAAAAUAUGAAUUUAUUCGAACUUCAAAAAGAAUAGCAUCAACACAUCAUAUUAAUGGCACUUAUAAUUGUAGUGGUGUUUAA